GCGGGUCUCGGUGGGAGAGGAGGGAAGGGAUCCCGGAAACAGGAUGGAGGAAAGUCGCAUUGAAUUAGUAGGAUUCUCAGAUUUUCGGAUCAAAGAUCCGGGGAAAGGCUUUGAGCAGAGGAGGACCGUGACCUGAUGGGAGGCUCCAGAAGAUCUUUGGAGAUCUGCAGAGCGUGGACCCCAAGCCUGGAGGCUGCUGGGUCGCGGGACUUGAGAAACAUGCCUGGGCGGACUUUGGGAGCUUUAGGUGGAGGGACGCGUGUCUUUUUUCCCUCCUUCCUUUCCGUUCCCUUGCUUUCCUCCUCUUUCCAUUCUUCUUUCCUUUCCUUCCUCCCUCCCUCUCUCUCUCCGUCUGUCCAACCUGACGUCUGGAUGGGCGGUUGCUGGGGCUUCCCGGGAAGGGCGUGGAGGAGGCACGGUCGGCGAGCUCGGCAGAGAGAUCUGGGCUGGAGGUGCCCAUGUGCUGGGCCAGGCCGUCCUCGGAGUGCAGCUGGUGGUGACCCUGCUCACCGCCACCCUCAUGCACAGGCUGGCGCCGCACUGCUCCUUCGCGCGCUGGCUGCUCUGCGAUGGCAGUCUCUUCCGAUACAAGCACCCAUCGGAUGAAGAGCUUCGGGCCCUGGUGGGGAAGCAGAGACCCCGAGGCAGGAAGGAGCGGUGGGCCAAUGGCUAUAGUGAGGAGAAGCCGCUGUCUGUGCCCCGAGAUGCCCCUUUCCAGCUGGAGACCUGCCCCCUCACAGCCGUCGAUGCCCUCGUCCUGCGCUUCUUCCUGGAGUACCAGUGGUUCGUGGACUUCGCUGUGUACUCGGGAGGCGUGUACCUCUUCACAGAGGCCUACUACUACGUGCUGGGCUCGGCCAAGGAGACCAACAUCGCUGUGUUCUGGUGUUUGCUCACUGUUGCCUUCUCCGUCAAGGUGUUCCUGACUGUGACCCGGCUGUACUUCAGUGCAGAGGAGGGGGGUGAGCGCUCCGUCUGCCUCACCUUCGCCUUCCUCUUCCUGCUCCUGGCCAUGCUGGUGCAGGUGGUGCGGGAGGAGACUCUUGAGCUGGGCCUGGAGCCAGGCCUGGCCAGCAUGACCCAGAACUUGGAGCCACUUCUGAAGACGCAGGGCUGGGACUGGGCGCUCCCUCUGGCCAAGUUGGCCAUCCGCGUGGGGCUAGCAGUCAUGGGCUCCAUGCUGGGCGCCUUCCUCACCUUCCCCGGCCUGCGGCUGGCCCAGACCCACCGGGACGCCCUGACCAUGUCAGAAGAUCGGCCCAUGCUGCAGCUCCUUCUGCACACCAGCUUCUUGUCCCCUCUGUUCAUCCUGUGGCUCUGGACCAAGCCCAUUGCACGGGACUUCCUGCACCAGGCGCCCUUUGGGGGAACACCCUACUCCCUGCUGUCGGACUCUGUCUUCGACUCGCUGCGCCUCUGGGUGCUGGUGGUGCUGUGUCUGCUGCGGCUGGCGGUGACCCGUCCCCACCUGCAGGCUUACCUGUGCCUGGCCAAGGCCCGCGUGGAGCAGCUGCGGCGGGAGGCCGGUCGCAUCGAGGCCCGUGAGAUCCAGCGGCGGGUGGUGCGGGUCUACUGCUACGUGACGGUGGUAAGUCUGCAGUACCUGACGCCGCUCAUCCUCACGCUCAACUGCACGCUGCUGCUCAAGACGCUGGGUGGCUACUCCUGGGGCCUGGGCCCGGUCCCCCCGCUGUCUCCCGCCCCGUCCUCCGGCAGUGAUAGCCCGGAUGGCCCGUGGGAGGACGAGGCCCAGCAGACGGCGGCCCGGAUCGCCGGGGCCCUGGGCGGCCUGCUCACGCCCCUCUUCCUCCGCGGCGUCCUCGCCUUCCUCAUCUGGUGGACCGCCGCCUGCCAGCUGCUCUCCAGCCUCUUCGGCCUCUACUUCCACCAGCACCUGGCGGGCUCCUAACCGCUUGCGGGACACAGGCGCCCCCUCCGCGUGCGCCUCACUGCCCAGGUGCAAGGGGGCCUGGGAGUCCCCUCUGUGCCCGUCCCUUCACCGCAGUGCCUGAGCCAUGACCCCCUUUGACCCUCAGCUUCGGCCUCGAAACUGUCUCCUCUGGGCCAGGUGGCAGAGGAUCCCAUGGCCAUUGCGGUUUGACGACAGAGGGAGGGGCAAUCUUCUGAACAAAUAAAGGAGCAGGCCGCUUUUUA